UUAGCAGCCCCCCAGCCCAGGCAGCGGAUCGGAGGCAGUGCGAGAGGGGCAGUAGCAGCAGAAGCAGCAGCCCCCCCAGAUCAAUAUUUGGCAGGCUUUGCUGCAACUUGCUGCAGUGUUGAGUAGAAGUGAGCGCCAAGCCGCACCACAUGUCACAUGUGCUCCUCAGGGCCGCCUGGAGCACCGGGAUCUGCUGGACGAUGCUGCGGCAGGUGAUCCACAGAGGGCUCAAGUCGUCUUCCUACAAGCUGGGCUUGUUCGUCAGCAGGCACCCCGUGUUCUUCCUCACUCUCCCCGCAGUGCUCACCAUCAUCUUCGGCUUCAGCUUCCUGAGCCGCUACAAGACCGAGAAGGACCUGGAAGCGCUGGUAGCCCCCAGCCACAGCCUGGCCAAGAUAGAGAGGAGCCUGGCCAGCAGCUUGUUCCCCCUGGACCAGUCCAAGAAGCAGCUGUAUUCGGACCUGCACACCCCCGGCAGGUAUGCCCGGGUCAUCUUCCUCUCCAAGCCCGGGGGGAACAUUCUGCUGCAGGCGGAGCGCAUCCUACACAUCCACCGGGCAGUGCUGGACAUGAAGGUGCAUCACCGGGGGUACAACUACAGCUUCCCCCAUCUGUGUGUGCUAAGGAGUGAGGACAAGCGCUGUGUGUUGGAUGAGAUUAUCUCAGUGCUGGAGGAUAUCAGGCAGGCUGCCCUCUCCAACAAGACUUCUGCCUCCAAGGUGCAAGUCAGUUACCCCACCACUAAACUGAAGGAUGGGAGGCAGAGCUUCAUUGGCCAUCAGCUGGGAGGUGUUGCCGAAGUACCAAACAGUAAGGAUCAACGGGUCAAGUCGGCCCGGGCCAUCCAAAUUACAUACUACCUCCAGAAUUAUGGCUCCACCACCCAGGACCAUAUCAGUGAACAAUGGGAGACUGAAUUUUGUACGUUAAUGCACCAACUUCAGGAAGAGCGCGCAGACAUUCAGCUCUAUUCUUUAACGUCCUUCAGUUUGCUGAGAGACUUUCAAAAAACCAUCGACCUCUCGAGGAGUAAGAUUGUCGUCAGUCUAAUGCUGGUGCUCAUGGCCGCCACCUUGUCCAGCUCGAUGAAGGACUGCCUGAGGAGCAAGCCUUUCCUUGGGUUACUGGGAGUGCUCACAAUCUGUAUAUCUAGUGUGACCGCUGCAGGGAUAUUUUUUGUCACCGACGGAAGAUACAACUCGACUCUGCUGGGAAUUCCAUUCUUCGCGAUGGGCCAUGGAACUAAAGGGGUGUUUGAACUUCUUUCAGGCUGGCGCAGAACAAGAGAGAGUUUGCCAUUUAAAGACAGAGUGGCAGAUGCCUAUUCAGAUGUCAUGGUUUCUUACACGAUGACCAGUUCUCUCUAUAUCAUCACAUUUGGCAUGGGAGCCAGCCCUUUUACAAACAUUGAAGCCGUCCGGAUCUUCUGCCAGAACAUGUGCAUCACCAUUGUCCUCAACUAUUUCUACGUCUUCUCCUUCUACGGUUCGUGUCUAGUGUUUGCUGGUCAGCUAGAGCAAAACCGCUACCACAGCAUCUUUUGCUGCAAAAUCCCCUCAGAGGAGUAUUUGGACAGAAAACCAAUAUGGUUCCAGACCAUCAUGAGCGACGGACAUCAGCAUUCUUCCCACCAUGAACCGGAUCCCUACGAGAACCACUUCAUUCAGCAUUUCCUUCGGGAACAUUAUAACGAAUGGAUUACUAAUACAUACGUGAAGCCCUUUGUGGUCAUACUCUAUCUCAUCUAUGCAUCAUUCUCGUUUAUGGGUUGCUUACAAAUCAGUGGUGGAUCCAACAUCAUCAACCUAUUGGCCAGUGACUCCCCCAGCGUCUCUUACGCCCACAUUCAACAAAAAUAUUUCAGCAACUACAGUCCGGUGAUUGGUUUUUAUAUUUACGAACCUCUCGAGUAUUGGAACGCAACCGUGCAGGAAGACUUGAAAACCAUAAGUUCCGGUUUCAACACGGAGUCGUGGAUCGAACAGUACUACCAGUUUUUAAAGGCCGCUAACGUUUCCGCUUCUAAUAAGACAGAGUUCAUCGGUGUCCUUCAAAACAGCUUCCUACGAAGGGCGGAGUUUCAGCACUUCAAGAACGACAUCAUCAUUUCGAGAUCGGGAGAGGAGUCAAAUAUCAUCGCUUCUCGGAUGUUCUUGGUGGCAAGGACGAGUGAGAAUACGCAACGGGAGGUGGUGGAGUUGCUUGAAAAGCUGAGGCCCCUAUCUCUCAUACAGAGCAUUAAGUUCAUAGUGUUCAACCCCACCUUUGUUUUUAUGGAUCACUAUGGGUUGGCGGUGACUAUGCCAGUCCUGAUCUCUGGAUUUAGUGUAUUGCUUGUGCUGAUCUUGACUUUUUUCUUGGUCAUACACCCUUUGGGAAACUUCUGGCUGAUCAUAACAGUCACGUCGAUUGAACUGGGAGUGUUGGGUCUAAUGACCUUAUGGAAUGUUGAUAUGGAUUGUGUGUCCAUCAUGUGCCUUAUAUAUGCAUUGAAUUUUGCCAUAGAUCACUGUUCCCCUCUGCUUUAUACCUUUGUAUUAGCCACUGAGCACACAAGAACGCUAUGCAUACAAGAUUCACUCAAGGAGCAUGGCACAGCAAUUAUUCAAAAUGUUGUAUCGUUCCUCGUCGGGCUGGUACCCCUUCUUUUUGUGCCUUCUAACCUGACCUCCACACUGUUCAAAUGCUUGCUGCUAACUGGCAGUUGCACGCUACUGCACUGUUUCGUCAUAUUGCCUGUCUUCUUGACUUUUUUCCCACCUUCUAAAAAACGCCACAAGAAAAAAAAAAGAGCCAAGCGGAAGGAAAGGGAGGAGAUCGAGUGCAUCGAAAUUCAGGAAAACACAGAUCACGUGACUGCGGUGUGAAAGGACCAGUGCAUUAUAAAAGGGUUAAAAAUAAGCAGGGACGGUAGGCAAAAAAAUAUCAACAGCUUGUGUUGGCCAAAGUUGCAAGUGAUAUGAAGAAGGGGAAUUUUUGAAACAUCAAGGUGCAAGUUUUUUUCUACAUUUUUUCUAUAAAAGCAAAAGAACUAGGAGCGAUUGAACUUUUUUUACGACUUCACUUUCAUACUGAAACUGGUGGCAAUUAAAUUUAGUAGGCAAUUUUUCCUUACUAGAGAGCAGCUGGCCGUGCUUGUGUCUUUAAACGCACACGUGUUCUAAAUAUGUGAAAUAAAUAAGGUGCAAUAAGGGUUAUCUGAGCUGGUUUCAAUGGAAGUUGACUGCCCGCGGGCAACAGGCAAUUCCCUUAUUGCAGUGGAAUUGGGUAUCCAAUGAAUAAGGCUUAUGGGUGAGAGCGAGAUUAGUAGCCACUACUUACAGCUACCUAGGAAUAGGCUAUGGGGCUGCUAUACCCUAUUAGAACGUUAGGGAUAUAUUUCUACCUUUUUUGUUGCACAUAAGUCCAAAGUCCAUGGGACAUGGGUGACUGUGGUCACUGCAGAUGCCCGGCCAAUCACAGACACUAGGGUAGUCACACAGACAUCAGUGUUCCAGGGCAAUAACUUCCAGUAUCUAGUAUAGGCAGCUCUUUUGCAUUAAGGGGAGUGUCAUUAAAGGUGACCAUUUUGGAUACCAUGGUUAUUAAGUGUAUCCUAAUAUUAAUACAGUGCAUUUAGGACUUUUGUUUUUCAUGUGCCUCAGCUUUUUACUGCCUACCAUGACUUGGGUGCCAUCACAUUGCAACUAAAUGAGCAAAAGGAAUAACCCAAUUGGCUGAAGACGCUCAUUCAUUGGCCUAUCUGGAACUAGUGUGGGGCUUUAUCUCCACAUAGGCAUCUGGUUGGAUCCAUGUAAUAUGGCCAUCCGUAUUAACAAAGGAUUUUUUGGGUGCCAAGCUAUAAGCCAAUUGUCUACUAACUGGUAGGGCCAAAUGGAUUGAGGAUUGAAUUAGGAUUAAAUGUCAUCUAGGCAUGUAGGCAAUUGGACUAGGGCUCGUUGAUGUAUUGGAGAGGGAUCAUAAUUGUAUUUCAUAAAGGCAGUGUCGGACUGGCCCACCAGGAUACCAGGAAAACUCCCGGUGGGCCCAGGUGUCAGUGGCCCCUCCUGCUC